UUUCUUCUUGAUAUGUGACAGGCAAACUCGAAAAUUGAGAAGGGGAAGCAAGGUCUCGCUAUGAGUCAGGGGGAAUCGAAGGAAUCAGAGCUCAAAGGCCCCAGAGAAGGAAACAGCGGCGCGGCGCAGCCUGACGUCCCAUCGGACGAGGCUCCUCCGGGAGAGGACACUCCUGCGUCUGCAGAUGCCGAGCCCAAAGGCAAAGAACCAGAAGGUGGAUCGAGCACUCAAGAGGGUGCAAGCACAGGCUCCAGGGAAUCAGGGCAGGCUCUCAAAAUUGGUUUGCCAAACAAGAAGAAGAAGAAGAAUAAGUGGAAAGGGAAGAAGGGAACAAAGCUCCAGCGUCCCGAGUUGAACGAAACCGUCACACUCUCCUCCGGAGAAACGAUCAAGAGUUAUCGUGUGUUCAGAGAGGAUGGGGGCAUUCUGUCCAUUUACUGUGCACUCUGCCAGAAGGACAUAAAUGGACUCGGGGAAUUUGAUCUGCACAAGGACAGCCAUAAUCACAAGAAGAAGAAAAUGCUGUCCAGCAAGGAAUCUGCUGCCUUCCUGUUUCAU